CGCCGCGCCUGCCCGCCCCCGCCACAGUCGCGCUGGGAGGCUCUGCCCGCUGUAGUCAACAGCGGUGGAAGACGACCGGUUUUGCUUUGCCAGAAAAAUUCACUUAUGUACCUACACAUAAUAUCGCAUACUUCAGAGGCGACUUCUAGGACCUACUGAAGUUUAUCCUCUAGCAGUCCAUGGACUCCAUGGACUCCAAAGAAAGAAUGCAGACAAUCAAAUGUGUGGUUGUAGGAGAUGGGGCUGUAGGUAAGACCUGCCUCCUCAUCAGUUACACAACGAAUGCCUUUCCUGAGGAGUAUAUCCCCACCGUCUUUGAUAACUAUAGUGCCCAGACGUCUGUGGAUGGCCAGAUCGUCAGCCUGAACCUGUGGGACACAGCUGGCCAAGAGGAGUAUGACCGACUGCGAACGCUGUCCUACCCCCAGACCAAUAUCUUUGUCAUUUGUUUUUCCAUUGGCAACCCAUCCUCGUAUGCCAAUGUGAGGCAUAAGUGGCACCCUGAGGUCUCCCAUCAUUGUCCCAAUGUGCCUGUUCUGCUGGUAGGUACCAAGAGAGACCUGCGGGAUGACAUUGAGACAGUGAAGAAGCUGAAGGAACAGAGCCUAGUGCCCACAACUCCUCAGCAAGGCACUUCCCUGGCUAAGCAGGUGGGGGCUGUGAAGUAUCUAGAAUGUUCAGCCCUGAUGCAGUAUGGGGUGCAUGAGGUAUUUUCAGAAGCUGUCCGGGCUGUGCUUUACCCUGCCACAAAGAAGAACACCAAGAAGUGUGUCCUUUUAUAGCUUUUGGGGUGCUAUUUGGGGACUGCACCGAAGGGGGAAUAAGAGGGAUUCCUUUGAUAGCAUUGAACAAUGCCAGCAUGAGCCAUUUGUCUCUUUUCCUAGAAACCCUAGACUCCAGGUUAUCGGGCUUUUGAGGAACAAAGAUAGCCUCGUUUGUACAUGGUUGCUGUGAAGUUUGGUCUGAACCUUUUGGAGGAAGUUUGGGGGGAAAGGGGGAGAGAGAGAGAGAGAGACUGACUUUUACCUCUGAACUAGCUUUCCUAGCUGUAUUUACCAUUGAGCAAGUGCCUCACAGAAGGACAAGUUUCUACAGUUUCGAAAGCAUUGCCUUAAACUUUCUGAUAUAGUAAUUUUGGAAAAUCAUUUUAUGUGUGACACCUGGGUGUUCCCAGUGUCGACAUGUAUUCUUCCCAUUCUGGAGAUGGGACAUGUUUGCAAAAACGGUUAAGCAGCAUUUCUUGAAGUUCUGGAAGAUACUAAUUGAUGUUCCUUAACAAGGUUCUAUGGUCAAGUAAGUCAGGAACCAGUGGGUUUUUUUUAAGUGUUUAUUUAAAUUCCAGUUAGUUAACAAACUGUGAUAUUAGUUUCAGGUGUACAAUUUAGUGAUUCAGCACUUCUGUACAACACGUGGUGCUCAUCACAAGUGUCCUUUAAUCCUCAUCACCUAUUUACUCCAGCCUCCCCCCUUUUGGUAACCAGUGAUUUAAAUAAAGCUGAACAGGUUCCUCUACUGGAGGGAUUUAUAACUUUUAGUAAGUGGGCAACAUUUCUCAAAUUUAUUUCACUGAAUUUUUUUUUUUUUUUUUGCUUCCACGCAACACCUGUUAACCUCUCUAGAAACACAGUUUCAGAGAUGUUGGAUUAAAAGGAACUAGAAACUCCCAAAGAGGCUGUGAAAAAAAAGCAUAAUGUGGUCCUGUUCUUUUUGUUAUUUCCCUCUUUAUGCCUUUGAGAGCAAUGUUUAUCAGCCAUGGACUUGUUACUGGCUCCUCUUCCGCCCUUAGGUGUUGGGUUUGGCACUUAGUCAUGGUAGCGCAUUGGAUGUGGGGUCUGAUGGUCAGAUCUGUUGUUAGAUUAUGAUAGCACUAUGGGCCUUGUGAUGUGGAAUUAAUCCCCCAUAAAGCUGUGUCCCUGGGCCUCUGUGAGGCGCCUUUUUUUCUGUCAGCCUCUGCUUUAGGGAAAGACCACUGAAGGUUAACCCCAUCAACCAACCAACCAACCAACCAAAAUAUUCUGCCAGUCGUUAUCAGGGAGUUGUGUGAUUCUUCUCAGUGUCCUGCCUUGCUCUCUUCCUAUUCCUCCCUCCUCUGUAUGCGUGUGUGUAUGUUUGUGUGUGUUUUCAGUCCUGGUUGCCUUUUGAGGUCUUUUAGUUGCUCAAAGAAAGUUGGAGUAUAUUGGAUUUCCAGACCCUGGGGCUGUCAACAUUGGUAGGGAUUUUGCCGGAGUUGCUCAGUCUGCCCUGCGGUGGUAGGAGUCACAUUCUUUACCCUACUAAGCCUGUUUCUCCUUAUUCUUUCUAGUUGUACUUUUUACCUUCCUCCUUUGAUAUGGAAGGAAAACUUCCUUCUCCACCUGGCAGAUAGUGGUUAACGACUCCACUGGGCACAUAUCCUCCUACCCUGUCAAAAUAAGCAGUGGAUCUUUGAGAGUUUGGGAAAUGGAGUUAAAAGAAUCACCUAGCUACUUCUGUGGCAAAUGAAGUGUCUGUGCUUUGCUCUGGGGUGGUCUCACUGUUGCUCUUUGACAAUAUAUGAUCACAUUAGAGCUCAGGUUAACUGAGCCUCCUGGACAGGGUUGCCAGGUAAAAGAGAGUAGUUUUUGUUUGUUUGUUUGU